AAGCCGUCCCGAGAGUAGAUGUCAGCACGUGCUGUAAAUUGUCUCUUCAUAUUCUUCGUAACCCGCGGGUCGUCCGCAGCGAAGAGAACGACAGACAACCUCGAGUCAAGUCUCGCCAGCGGUAGUAGAAACCUCGGAUCAGAGUCCGACUCGUCGCCGACGUUGUUCCUCGUUCGCUCAUCGUGGGUGAAAAAUGGCGUCCCUGGCGGGUGUCCGGCUGUUGGCGAGGAACGCCGGCUGCCUCAGGAACUCGUUCAAUCGGCUACGUUGCGCGAGCGGCGCGCUCGUUCAGAUGCGAUGCGAGCAAAGGCUGUUGCAUCGCGGCGCGCGGACCGUGCUCGUUGUGCCGCAGGUAAAAUGCAAUCGUGGAUACUGUCAAGAAGUUAGAGAGAAACCGAAAUCGAUUAAGGAUAUCGAAGAGCGCGUAUUGAAAGGCUUAAGGGACACACGCAUCAAGCAGGUGCGCCAGUACAGUCAUAAGGAUCCGCUGACCCUUGACAUUAUCAAUCAGCGGGUGCUCUUGGUUCUGAAACUUUAUGACAAAAUUGAAAGCGCAAAGUUGAGCCUGGAGUCGCAUUUCAUGGACGACCUGGGUCUGGAUUCCCUGGACCAUGUGGAGAUCAUAAUGGCGAUGGAGGACGAGUUUGGCUUCGAGAUUCCAGACAUGGACGCGGAGAGGCUACUGAGACCCAAGGAUAUAGUGCGCUACGUCGCGGACAAGGAGGACGUGUACGAAUAACACGCCUUGCGUUAUUUAGGCCCCACGCGGUUUUAGUCAACAUCUACCCAGUUGUUUCGAACUGGAAAUAACGGAUCACAGCGUCUUACUUUGCCGCCGCCAUUGUUUUUUUUUUCUGUAUAUAGAUCACUCAUCAUUAUGUGAAUAAAAAAUAAGCGAAUUGUUACAUCGAA